UUUAUUGUCUUUAUUUUUAAUGUCAGUGGUUGUAUAAACUGUGGUUUGGAGGGAUUGCUUGAUGACGUGUUUGCAGACGUAUGCGAAGUGUGUCCUUUACUGGCCAGCACAACUUUGAAAUUAAAGGAACUAUUCGUUUCUAGCUCUGAAGAAAACGAAGGCCCCAUCACAUCAGACCUGGUCUCCGAGUGCAUGCGAUGUGGUCGGGAUCUAGCGCGGACAGCUGCAAAGCGCGCCAAUCAACUUGUCAAAAAUGGUAUCACAUUAGAGGCCUACUCCCCAUCGCUACUGCAUUUCUUCUACACAGAACUGCCCCCUGACAUGAAGAAGGCAUCAGAGACUUCCAACGAAUUAAUAAAGGCGACAAAGUUGUUACAAAUGAAGAUGUGUUCCAGCUCCAACGUUACUCCGAACACAUUUCUGUCUUAUUUAGAGCAUCACGUCAUUACUCCCAAAGAAACAUUCUGUAAGCCCUUUAGCACUGUCUGCUGCAAUGACAAGUAUCGUAGCAUUGAUGGCACAUGCAACAAUAAGCAGCAUCCUUCUUGGGGUCGUCGUGGUGCGCCGUUCACACGCAUAGCAACACCGAGAUAUGCCGAUGGAAUCUACGCAAUGCCAGUAGCCAAGAGCGGUCGUCCGUUGCCCAACCCUCGUGUCCUCUCAUCCAGAUUGUUCACGGACCGUCCGAUAGCUAACCUUGUGUUCACUUACCUCAACAUGCAGUGGGGACAAUUCAUCACGCAUGACCUCAUGUCUAAGGUCAUGGAUGUAACAGAUGAAGGUGGAAUCCAGUGCUGCCUCGGCAAUGGUCAGGAUGUCCUCCCUCAAGAUAUGCUGAACGAGAAAUGCAUACCUAUAUGCGUGCCGGAUGAUGAUCCCUUCUACCAAUACUAUGGUAUCAAGUGCCUGAACUUUGUGAGGAGCGUUACCGUUCCGAGGGAAGAUUGUAGCCUGGGUUAUGCGGAGCAGAUGAAUACAGUGACUAGUUACCUAGACGGAUCGCCAAUAUAUGGAUCAGAUAGUAAGCUAGCUUCAAAGCUACGUACAAAGUGUGGCGGAAAACUCAAGGAGGAAACAAGAAAUGCAUGCAAGAAGGGCUUCCUGCCAUCUGUUGAUGAUAAAGCCGGUACCUGUGACUUGAGAAAUAUGUCUGAACCUUGUUAUUUAGCAGGUGACGAUAGAAUUAAUCAAACGCCAACCUUAGCAGUUUUACACACAUUGCUAUUAAGAGAGCACAACCGUGUCGCCGAUAUUUUGGGCUCAUUAAACCCACUGUGGUCCGAUGAGAAAAUUUACCAAGAGGCUAGGAGAGUUGUUAUUGCCGAAAUACAACAUAUAACGUACCAGGAAUGGCUACCUUGCAACUUUGGCGAGAAUUAUCUAAGAUACUACCGGAUUGCCCCGUCGUCUCUCUACAGUCGAGAUUAUAAUGAAGAUGUUAACCCAGGAGUGAUCAACGGCUUCGGAGCCGGCGCAUUUAGAUUCCUCCACACAAUGAUACCAGACUCCUUUAUGGCUUGCCCCGCGUCAUAUCAAGCUGCAUAUUUGUAUAAGAUAAGUGACUACUUUUUCAACCCAAGCCCUGUAGAAGCUUCCAAAGAUUCAUUUGAUGACAUAGUACGAGGUUUAAUAACACAUAGAGCUGGAGAAUCUGAUCCGUUUGUUACUGGAGAAUUGACUAAUUUGUUGUUUAAAUCUCACAACAAAUGGGGUUUGGACCUUAUCGCAAUGGAUAUACAGAGGGGGAGAGAUCAUGGGAUUGCUUCGUAUAAUGACUAUAGAGAAACGUGUGGACUCAAAAGAGCAACAACAUUCCAAGAUUUAUUGGGCGAAAUAUCUCAAGAUCGGAUAAACGCACUCGCUCAAUUAUAUGAAUGCGUCGACGAUAUAGAUUUAUUCGUUGGAGGUGCAAUGGAAAAGGAUGUACAAGGUUCCGUUUUGGGUUAUACAUUUCAAUGCAUUGUCGCCGAGCAAUUCUAUAGAACUCGUAUCGGCGAUCGGUAUUUUUAUGAUAACAGCGAGAUGCCGCAUUCUUUUACACCAGAUCAACUUAAAGAAAUUAAAAAGGCAUCGAUGGCUCGUCUAAUUUGCGACAACACGGAGGGAGUGAAGUACAUUCAAAGAAAGGCAUUUGAAGCAGAAUCUGUAUACAAUCCCAAGUACAGUUGUGAUGAUUACGAUCACAUACCAUUUGUUGAUCUGACAGCGUGGAAAAGGCCUAAAUUUGAACUUUAUGAUUAAAUUCAAUAUUUACAUAAACAAUUGUAUCUGACAGCAUUAAGAUAAUGUCA